GGGAGACAAAGUGCAUAGGGAUCGGCAAGAAGCAAUCAAAACAGUCUUAAACGUCUCACGAAAUAAAAUGAACUCAACAGCAAUUUGUCCAAUGCGUUACAAUAAUUUACCUAUUAGAGCUCGUGUUACAUGGAAAUCGGAGAUAACUCCGUAUCACAAUGACAACAAAACUGGAAAGGUCUUUCUGAUGAACCUUUUGGAUGAAUCUGGCCAAAUAACCGGCGUGGUGUUUGACGAUCUGUGCGAUACUUUCUACAAUCAGAUUCAAGCUGGCAACGUAUACUUAUUUUCCUGUUUUGAGAUGAUUCGAGCGAUAAAGGGCUUCAAAGUGGUGGAUAACCCGCAUGAAAUUUUAUUUCUUGAUAAUACAUCUGUAAAACUAUGUGCGGGGGUACCAAAUAUUCGUAAAAUAAUAUAUAACUUUGUGCCGCUCGACAAGAUUUCUAGAACUCCAAACCUGGAGCCAGUGGAUGUCAUCGGAAUCUGCGCUGAAGUUCACGAAAUUGAUGAAAGAGGUGGUCACUUGAUUCGCGAAAUUGAGCUUUUUGAUGACAGUGAAGCAAAUGUCACGCUAAAUCUUUGGGAAAAGGAGGCAUUUAACUUUGCGGGUCAACCCGGUGACGUAAUUCUUGUUAAGGGGGCACGUGCCCAGCUCCAUAACGGAGAAAUGAAAUUGAACGCCAGUUGGUACGCGUAUGUGCAGAUCAACCCUAAUAUUAGAGAAGCCCACGAGUUGCGGGGAUGGAUCGAAAACUAUUAAUAAAUUUGAUUAUCAAUUAUGUCAACAUAUACAUCUGUUUGUUCAAUAAAUUAUUGAAAUGCAAUAGCAAAAACUA